CAAAUCGUGACUGACAGAGAGCCAAGUUCUACCUCUGGCGCGCAAUUCCUGUGAACUGCCGUGGUCUGCGUCGGAUAUCCCUUUCGCCGUGGAUUUGUGGGAAUAUUGCCGAUUUAUUCGUUUGUUCAUUUUGCGCCAUGGAUGCCGUUGAGCCUGACCAGACGCCUUUUGCGGCAGUGACGACGCAAACCUCAAAGCUGACUCGGAAAUACCAAGCCUAUCUUGAUGCCGCAACCCCUUACACUACAUACCGAUGGAUAGGCACUGGCCUUCUGCUUGUUGUCUUCUUCUUGAGAAUUGUUAUGGCACAGGGCUGGUAUAUCGUCGCCUACACCCUGGGAAUCUAUCUUCUCAACCUUUUUCUUGCCUUUCUACAACCCAAGUUCGACCCAUCUCUCACGCAGGAUGAGGGCCUAGAGGAUGGCGAAAGCUCUCUCCCAACCAAACAGGACGACGAGUUCCGCCCUUUCAUUCGAAGACUCCCCGAGUUCAAAUUUUGGCAUUCGGCCACCCGGGCGAUCUUCAUCGCAUUUCUCUGCUCCUGGUCGGAGAUCUUCAAUAUCCCCGUCUUCUGGCCUGUCUUGGUGGUCUACUGGUUGCUGCUAUUUGGCCUCACGAUGCGACGACAAAUACAACACAUGAUUAAAUACCGCUACGUCCCCUUCACGUUCGGCAAAGCGAAAUAUGGCCGUAGCUAAAGACAGACAUAAUCCAUAUCUGUUUCUUGCUCCUUACGACUUACUAUCCCCGCGUCCAACCGUUCGCCUCCUUUUCUAUGUCCUUCUUCUGCGUCGUACAAUCUAUUAUUACUCGCCAGCAUAUGCAAAUAAACAAUAAAUAUAAUAACUGAAAUUGAAAAUGAAACGGAAGGCCACAUGGCGCAUGGCGCAUGGCAUGGCAAUAUUUAUAUAUGUGUGCUGUCUAACUUCCUUUCAACUGCAUUCAAUUCCCUAUUCCCAUGCUCUUCUGUGUAUAAAUAGGUUUUAGAGACGGUGGUUGUUCUAAGCAUUUGUUCCACUCUCAAAAGGAACAGCUUUGCUCCUUUUCAAGUGGGCGGUUUUUUUUUUUCUUCCGCGAAGAUAUUCCAAAAUGAUUCGGCCGUUCGUCGCUUUUCCUUGAUAGAGCACACGACCAGAACCAACAACUGAAGCAUUUUCUGGCUUUUCUUUACUUCUCUUCUCUUAUAUUAUUCCUAAUUAUUAUAUUGUCACAAUUGUCGUUUUUACCCAGCUGGGUGUAUCAUUAUGAGACCAAUAGGUAUUCCUGCGACAAAAGGGAUCGUUGAGUUAAGUGUAUUUUGCUUUUAUUUCUUAACUUACAUAGUAAAAGAACCCAAAUUCCCCUUUGACG